CAUCUAAAUCGUCAGCUCGGUAGUUUUGCAGGUGCGUUUCAAUAGCUUUGCUCCAAGUAUGUGAUCAUAUCAUUCCCAAGUUCUUAGUACACUAAUUGAUAUCCUGCGCAUCAUCUCGCACCCCUCUCGUACAUCCAUUGCAUCCUCUGAUGCACCCUCUGUCACAUUCUCUUGCACCCUCUUGCACCUCUGUCGCACCCUCUCGCACCUCUGUCUCAUCCUCUUGCACCUCUGUCGCACCCUCUCGCACCUCCAUCUCAUCCUCUUGCAACUCUAUCUCAUCCUCUCGCACCUCCGUCCCAUCCUCUCGCAAUCCUCUUGCACCUCCACAGGCUCCACCCCAUCCUCUUGCGUUCCUCUCGCAGCUCUGUUCUAUCCUGUCGCACCUCCGUCCCAUACUUUCGCACCCAAGAGAAUGCAGACUGGCAACGACGCUCUUGACAUCACGGAAGCUGCGCUAUAACUCGUUCUCCAUCGCGCGGAUUGUAUCCCGAGCUCAGUGGACCACGAGCAAAACGAGGCACAGUCGAUCAUACAUUCACAUUACUCGAUGUCUUCCUUCCUGCCCAUCUCAUCCAUCUCCUCUCCCUCGUUAUCCUCCCCGCCUUCUUCCCUUUUCCUGCUCUCAUCCGUCGUCCGUAUUCGUCUAAGUCACGUCAGCAGUUGCUGACGUGCACUGGGCGUUUGC